UUGAUUAUUAGCCAGUCUUCACGGCAGUCGGGGGUUAGUGUUUGAUAUGGUUUAGUCUCAGAUCUGAUCUGGCUUUGGACGUACGGAAGAGGAUUUGAGUUCUCGAAUGGAGGUCCAGAUUCUCUGUAGUCGUUUUAAUUGUGAUUUAGAUCAUUAGUGUUAGCUUGUAAAUUAUAGUUUGUCGAUAUUUGAUAACCGUUUUACCUUACGAUCGUCGUCAUGGGAGAUAUUCAAGCGCGCACGGUUUUGUGGUACCUGGCUUUUGUUGGUUUUGCGGUCAACUAUAUGCUGCGGAUCAAUUUGAAUAUUACAAUUGUUGAUAUGGUGCGUCAAACGAAAUCAAGUUCAUCGAGCAAAAGCCUCUCGGCGGAAUGUUUUGAUACAUCCGUGAAAAGUCCAAUUGUAAAUCACUUACCAAACAAUUGGACGGCCGUGGAUUAUAUUAAUGGGACAGAUGUGUACGAAAGUUUAGAGAAUAUUUCUAAUAAAAGUAGCAUCUUCGGUACGAUCAUUUCAAAUGCUUCAAUCGAAAUUGUUCCUGAAAUGCAGAAUAAAACCAAAGCGGAAAAAUUUUCCUUGGAGAGGAUGUUUUUCGAAAUGUUCAAUAUCGACUAUGACAAACAGGGCUUCAGCUGGAAUGAAUAUCAACAAGGACUCGUUCUUGGCUCAUAUUAUUGGCUUCAUUGGGCGACACAGAUACCAGGUGGGAUCCUGGCCAAGAAAUACGGAACGAAGUUAGUAUUUGGUUUAUCAAAUGUCGUAGGAAGUUGGCUGUGCUUUUUACUUCCAUUGGCCUCUUAUUGGGACUACAGGGUUUUGAUAGUGCUUCGAGUAUUUCAAGGAAUGGUUGUGGGACUUGCUUGGCCUGCAAUGCAUCAUUUAACAGGACAAUGGAUUCCGCCGAACGAAAGAAGUAAAUUCGUUACAGCAUAUUUGGGUAGCUCGGUAGGAAUAGCUGUUUUCUAUCCAGUCUUUGGCUACAUCAUCGCUUGGUCAUCAUGGGAAUUGGUAUUCCAUGUAUGUGGUAUCAUCGGCACUAUCUGGUACUUGGGUUGGCUUGUAUACGUUUUUGAUUCGCCAGCAAAACAUCCAAGGAUAAGCAGCGAUGAACGAAAUUAUAUUGAAAAGGCGCUAGGAUCGUCGGUGAAUAGUGGCGAAAAAAAUCCAACCCCGUGGAAAGAAAUCUUAACAUCGAGGGCGGUAUGGAUGAAUGUUGUGGCACAAUGGGGCGGUAUUUGGGGGCUGUUUACUCUUAUGACACAGGCGCCAACUUAUUUUAAACUAAUUCAUGGCUGGAACAUUCAUAUGACUGGAAUACUGUCAGGACUUCCCCAUGUUAUGCGCAUGGCGUUUGCAUAUGUUUUUUCCCUUCUUGGAGACUAUUUACUUCGGUCAGAGAAGUUGUCGAGGACGAAUGUUCGCAAGCUGGCUACAUUCAUGUGUUGCAUAGUGAAGGGAGUCUUUGUGCUUGCUUUAGCCUAUUCAGGAUGUAAUUCUUUAGCUGCAAUAGUGUUUUUAACAUUAGCUACGGCGGUCCAUGGUGCUGUGUCCACCGGACCAUUGGCCAGUGUUGUGGACAUAAGUCCAAAUCAUGCUGGUAUUGUCCUUGGCAUAAGCGGCAUGAUAGGAGUCAUUCCCGGUUUUAUAUCACCGGCAAUUGUGGGAAUUCUAACUUUAGGAAAUCAAACUGUAACUAGCUGGAAAUAUGUGUUUCUAAUAUCAUCGGGAAUGUUACUCGCUUCCGGCAUACUUUAUGUACUAUUCAGUGAGUCGAACUUACAGAGUUGGAAUAGUCCUAAGAAGUCAGAAGAUAAGGAGAGGGAAAUGCAACCUCUUAAUGGAGAUAAGGAGAAAGAAGCUGCCACGGAGCCGUUGAUGAAGAGUUAACAGCCAGCGUAGAUAUAUCUUUUUGUAAAUAUCUAUAGCACUUGUAUUCGUUAAAAUUUAACUACGAGCAGUAAUAGCAAUUUAAGUGCUAAAUUAUGAUUACGGAUGCUUUUAUAAGAUAUUUUGAUUCUAGUCCAGUAUUUGUUCAAAUUGUUUUCGUUGUUUUAAGUGUUAAAUUUAAACAACCUCUUUAAAUUACAUGAACC